CUGGAUGAAACACCGCCAAUUCCAGACACAUUAGCCAGCCAAGAACUGAAUCCUGAGAUAUGGAGCAAGUGGAUUAGCUGCGUGUCCAACCCUAGUCUCACGGUGACUGAGUUCCUUGCUCACUGGAACCAGGCAAACAACGACACAAAAUACCGACAAGAAUUCAAUGUUGGCAGUUCCCUAAAGCAAUUCGAUCCCAUCCUGACUUGGAAAAGGGGUAUCCCAACCAUACGCAAUGAAGUUGAAGAAUAUGAAGGAGAAUUUCUCCUAAUUGUUAGCGGCUGGGAUGGAGCACGUUACACUUCAAGUCUACCCCAGGAAUCUACUUGGCAGCAAAAGAAAUUCUUCGAAGUCAAUGUCGCGCAGGUCUGCUCGGCCUUCGGCGCGCUAUAUGUCUUAAUCAAAGAAGACAUUUCUGUCGUAUCGACCGAGUUGUGUGCGCUGACCAACGUCAGAAACGACCAACCUGAAUCCCGCAAUUUAUCAAGACACAUUUGUGGCGACUGCAACAUUCUAAUCCCGACUUCUGUUGACUUGAGCCGGCACAUGUAUCACAAGCACGAGAAUCACGAGAAACCUGAAUUGGAUUUGCGCUGUACGUUCUGUGGCUAUUUGUUCUCAGAUCGACAUGUCAAAGAGACUUGCCCCAGAAACAGGCCCAUGCAGUCUUUAACCCGUGAGGUCGAGAUCGAUCAAUCGUAUCUGCUCAAAGAUGAACCCAAAAUGGCUCAAGAGUGUCCGACAGGCCUGCUCGUUCCUCUUGACCAUUUGGACAGCUUCUAG